CUGCAAAAAAAAAAGUGUAUGGGGAAAAAAAAAACAGGGAACAAAGAAAUCAGAGUGUAUUUAAGGAGAAGUCGCCCCACAUCCUGGAGCCGUGUGACUCUCGGCACUGCACACCGCACACUGCUGCGCCAAAAACACCCGUUGCACCUCCAUCCUGCGCGGCUCCGGACGGACGGCGGUGAGGAUGCGGACUUCUCUGGUCGUGUGCUUCUGCGUAUUUGCGCUGCAGUGUUUCCAGAGCAUGCUUGGUGCUCCAGUGCGCGGAGCCGGCAGGUACAAAGCGGCACCGGCCUCUGAGAAGUCCCCGGACCUGAAGAAGAGGGGGAAGGCUCCUCACCUUCAGGGUUCGGUGAAGGAGGCGAGUCCGUCCACCAACGCUUCCAACACAUGGAACCGGCCGCGCUGUGGCGUACCGGACUUCCCCAACCAGAAGGAGCUGCAGUACCAAGGUCGACACCGCCAGAGACGCUUCGUUCUGCAUGGAGGACGUUUCGACAAGAAGGAUCUCACCUACAAGAUCGAACGCUUCCCCUGGCAGAUGGACGAGGAGAAGGUGCGGCGUGUGAUCCGGGAGGCGGUGAAGAUCUGGAGCGAUGUCACACCUCUGACUUUCACCGAGGUCCGCAGAGGGAUUGCCGACAUCCGGAUCGACUUUUCCAGCUACUGGCAUGGAGACAACCUCCCGUUUGACGGUCCAGGUGGGAUUCUAGCUCACGCCUUCUUCCCGAAAACGCAUCGGCAGGGCGACAUUCACUUCGACUACGACGAGUCCUGGACUCUGGGGAACUACAUGGGUACAGACCUUCUGCAGGUCGCCGCCCAUGAGUUUGGGCAUGUCCUGGGCCUGCAGCACUCACGUAAGCCCAAAACCGUCAUGUCCGCGUACUACUCCUUCUCCUACCCACUGAGGCUGAGCGAAGACGACAGACUAGGCAUCCAGUACCUGUACGGAGCUAAACCCCAGGUCCUGCCCCCACCGCCAACCCCGGCUCCAAGGACUCUGGUCCCCAAAACAGAGACCAACGAACUUAAUCCUGACGCCUGUCAGACGGAUUUUGACGCCGUGUCGAUGAUCCGAGGGGAGCUGUUCUUCUUUAAGUCGGGCUACGUUUGGAGGAUCAGGGAUCCUGGAGGAUCGGCGCGUCUGCAGAUCGGCUAUCCGGCGCUGGCCUCCCGACACUGGAAGGGGAUCCCGACCAAGAUCGACGCCGCCUUUGAGGACAAGUCAGGGAAUAUUUGGUUCUUUCAAGAUGAUAACUACUGGGUGUUUGACGCUGAGAUGCACAUCAGGGGCCCCGAGUCCAUCAGGAGUUUAGGAUUGUCCACAUCCAGCAUCCAGGCUGCACUUCGCUGGGGUCACGACCCUAACUACAACAUCUACUUCUUCAAGUCCGGAAGCUACUGGAGGUUCAGUCCCCGUGAGAACCGGGUCGAGUCGCCCCAACCGCGCAGCAUGCAGUACUGGACCGGCAUUCCUGAGGAUGUUGAUGCUGCCUUCAGGGACACUCACGGCUUUGCUCAUUUUAUCCGAGGACGUCAGUACUGGAAGUUCGAUCCUGUUGGCAUGAACUCGUUGGAAGGUUACCCACGAUACAUCGGCAUGGAUUUCUUUGGGUGCAGGAACGAGUGAGUCUGUGAAGAUUCGCGUACCCUGAUUCCUUUGACGCGAAGAGGAGUUAAUGGAAUAAAAACUGCAGACUCAUGAGGACGAGACGAUUUUUACACCUGUUUAUGCUUCACUGCAUUUAUUGGCACUCAGAUCAAUUUAUGCCUUCUUCUCAGGAAAAAAACCCACCUUCCCUCAGAUCUGGCACCUCCUGUGCAGCUCUGCUCGUAUUUAUUUUUGCACAUUUUUGUAUCACCAUGAGCCCGAGACCCUGGAUUCAGUCUCGCCUGAGCCAGAAACUGUUUAACAAACUGUUGUCCUCAGUGUGGUCAGUGUUGGAUGUUUCAGUUUGUGUUUUCAUCAACAACGCACCUCAGCGUGUUUGAAGAGUGACAUCAGACUCACAGCGGCGGUCAGUGGAGGGUUUAAUUCUUGAAGUCAGUUAGCAAGUAGAUUAUAAUUUCCAGUCAUAUUUCACUGUUUUACAAUCAGAACCAAGAAAAUGGGCUUUGUACUGGGUUUGGACGCCUUAAAAAUGCGUCACAGCAAGAAGGUUUUGUAAGGUCCUGCUAUGUUCUUUGCAGAGUCUUAUUGAGAUCUUUGUCAAAUUUUGUUGAUGUCUCUGAAGGGUCAUUUAUGAUCUGUGCAGUCUUGUUAGGGUCUUUCCAAGGUAUUGUUAAGGUGUUUGCAAAGGCUCCAUAAGGUCUGCAGAGAGUAUUGUCGGAGUCAUUGCAAGGUCUUGCUAAGGUCUUUACAGAGUCUUGCGAAGGCCUUUACAGAGUCUUGCGAAGGUCUUUACAGAGUCUUGCGAAGGUCUUUACAGUCUUGCUAAGGUCUUUACAGAGUCUUGCUAAGGUCUUUACAGUCUUGCUAAGGUCUUUACAGAGUCUUGCGAAGGUCUUUACAGUCUUGCUAAGGUCUUUACAGAGUCUUGCGAAGGUCUUUACAGAGUCUUGCGAAGGUCUUUACAGAGUCUUGCUAAGGUCUUUACAGUCUUGCUAAGGUCUUUACAGAGUCUUGCGAAGGUCUUUACAGAGUCUUGCUAAGGUCUUUACAGAGUCUUGCGAAGGUCUUUACAGAGUCUUGCGAAGGUCUUUACAGAGUCUUGCGAAGGUCUUUGCAGAGUCUUGCGAAGGUCUUUACAGAGUCUUGCUAAGGUCUUUACAGAGUCUUGCGAAGGUCUUCACAGAGUCUUGCGAAGGUCUUCACAGAGUCUUGCGAAGGUCUUUACAGAGUCUUGCUAAGAUCUUUGCAAGUUCUUGUUAGAGUCAUUGCAAGUUCUUGCUAAGGUCUUUACAAAGUCUCCUUAAGGUCUUUACACAGUCUUGUUGAGGUCAUUGCAGAGUUGCUGCAAUUUUGCAUAGUCUUCAACAAGCUAUCUGAAGUUUGACUCCAGCUAGCUUGGGUCUAAAUAUUAGCAUCAGUUCUAAACCAGGCACCUGUUUAUUUUAUUUUUUCAGUUAGUUGUUCUUUGAUUUAAUUAGCUAAGUUGCUUUAACGGCUGAUAUUUUCAUCCCAGUUAGAACAAAGCAUCUAAAAAAAUUACCAUUUAGAUUUUACUUUCUGAUGCUGUUUUAGUUUUUUUUCCUGCCUGGUGUCAAAACAAGCAGGAAAAAAGCGAACCCAGAGAACAGCAGACGGUUACUUCAGGUCUAACCGUGGCGACGUUGCACGUCAGAUUUCUAUAUUUUCCCGGGAACUCUGUGUGGCUUUGUUUGGACCGGUUCAACUGAUUUUAACCUCUGUCUGUAGAAGUUCAUGUGUUCUGUUUUUGUGAUUCAUGGUUUCCAAAAACAGGAAAACAGAUCAAGUUGCAUCGCCUGAGGUCCGGUGUUUCUCCUUCAACCUAAGACACAAAAAUGCGAAAAAUCUGGUCCUGGAUGCAAAAACCAGAGUAAAUAUUUAUUUCUCUACGGGUUUGUUACACUUUUUUUUACAUCUUUGCUGAUUGAGAAGGAGACAUUUGAUUCAUUUUUCAAGUUUGAACGUGAAUUGAACAACAGAGGAGUGACUUUGUUUGCUUUUACCAGAGAUCCUCAUCUAGUUAUGUUCCUUUUUGAACUGGAAUAUUUUCCUCUUUUAAAUUUAAAAUAAGAAGAAAAGUUGAUUCUGCUGCAGCUGCUAAUGUCUGAUCUCACUCUUCUCACAUCAUGGUCGCAGAAGAAGCUGCAGUGCGCCAUCUAGUGGCCGGAACGGACAGUGGUGACGUCACUGCACAACGAUCAAAUGGGGCUCUGUGUUAGUCAGUGAUGCAUUCAGGGACCGCAGCGGUUCUCCACCACUGGGCAAAUUAGUGGUAAACUAGUUCUGGUAAACUGACAUUAAAAAACAUAUAAAAACUAAAAAUUGAAAAAUAAUAUUCUCCUGACUCCAACUGGAAAAAUUCAAAGAUUUUAACAUUGUUAUUUUGAAAGUCAGAAUGAAAUUUUUUUUGUAACUGUUAGCUAUUUGGUCUUAUUUUUCCUGUGCAAAAGUCUUGAGACAUUUACUUUUCAUUUACUAUUGUAGCCUCAAGCUGUCUUCAUUGGGGGGGGGGAAAAUCACUUAAUCGGGUUUUAAAUGUUAUUUUAUGGUUCUCAAAAUAAAAGCAGCAAAUGUUUGAUUGACUAAGAAGAAAACUUUAUUUUAAAUUUGUUAUUAUUUUAACUUUUCAGUCCCUGCAGCGGUCAUCCGUGAUGUACUCAUAGUGGUGUUAAGCUUACUGAGUAGCAGAAAGACGAUCAAUUUUGGGAAAAUGUAAUAAUCAAAUACGUGAUUAUGCUAUAAAAUGGCUGAAAAAUACGAAAUGCUGCUUCGAAAGUUUCAGGGAAUCUCAGGCUGCUUUGAAGGAAAAUACGAAGAAAACUCAGCUGGAUUAAGACUUUUGCACAGAUUGCUGAACUCCUGAUGAAUAAUCUCGGAUUACAGCCUUUCUGGAGAACCGCUGCUCCACAGCUUUGCAUCUUUUCUUGCUGCAGCACUUGAACUCUGAAGUUUCGGCCCAGACCGUCGUGUUCAUCGUCGUUCUCCUCAGUGCAGGACGCUGACGAGUCGUUUCUGUUUUUAUCGUUCAGACUUUGCUGUUUUCCUUACAAUCUGCUGUGUUUGACUCAGUUGAUCUCAUUUAUCAGACUUCUUCCAACAUGUUUAUGCACAAACAGCAAAGCUUUUUGUACAUACAUGUUUUAAUUCUGUAUAUUCAACCAAAUGUAGGCUAUAACCUGUAAAAAUGUAGGAACUAUGUAUGUUUUUCCCUGUUUUUCUGAGUUACUUUGAAUAAAUCUUUUACCUUUUUACCACA